GUGUUGUUGCGUGUGCCCAGCUCCAGUCAGUGCUGCAGUGGAUUAGUCAGCUGUAUUUAUUUUAAGGUAGUGCAGAGAGAGUGCAGGAGCUUCGAUCAGUGUGCAAGUGUCAGAUCUUCAAAAUGCAGCGCAUCUACAUGCACAGCAAUGAACACUUUGAAGUCAUCACCACUGUCCUUGCUCCUCAAGGGAGGUAUCGAUACAGACCAGAAGCUGAAAAGAUGGUAGUGGUGCACAGCUACAGACCCAACUGGCCAGAUGAGCUGGAGCUGUCUCUGGGUGAUGUUAUCCUGGUGCUGCCCAGACAUGAGGAGGAGAGGUGGUUUGGGCGGCUGCUGGACGGCCAGCAGGGCUACUUCCCCGCCUCCUGUGUGAUGGAGCUGAGCCAGGUAAAUCUCCCUCCCAAAGCCCUACGGAGGACUUUAUCUGUGAGAAGCUCAGCCUGGGACAAUGAUUCACGUGUACGCGGUAGACAUGGAAAUGGACACAUUCGGCAGGCACUCAGGAGGGGGAGUAGAGGAGGUGGAGGAGGAGGAGUGGUGCUGGAUGAGGGCCAAGGUGAGAGCGAGGGCCCCUUCCUGGUACAGAGGCCCCAGAUCCCUCAGCCUCAGCCCGUGGCCUCCCAACCUCAGACACACAGAUCCCCAGGCCUGCUCCACAGGAUCUUGUCCAAGUGCCGGAAAAAGAGUGAAUGCCAGGGAGCCACCAACGGGGCCUUCGAGGGCGACUAAGAGGCCCUCCUCUUUGUCCUGGAUGGCUGAGCUGAGUUCACUUUGGUGGGGCUGCAUCGGGGAGUAUGUGGGUGAAUGGAGGAACUUCUGAAAUGUGAAAAGACAGGUCUUGAAUAUCCUGAUGUGGGCUGGUACUCAUUUCCAUACCAGGUACUCUUCACUUGGCUGCAUUUCUAGAAGCAAGAGGUUGGAUUGUGAGUGCACAAACCUAAAUCGGUGAUGUCACAGAAGAUGUUUUGCUCAUUACAUCUGAUGGACUAAUGCCUGAUGUGACAUCACUAAUGGGGGCAUGUCCACAAGUGCAACAUGUACAGAGAGCUGAGCAGCAGCUGUUUUCUGCUCUAUUUUUUAGCAUGGCAAGAUCCGAUGCCAGGCUUGCGCUUUGAAUAUAUAAUAAAUAUAUAAUUACAAUCAUGCGCUCAUAUGUGUAAAGUAACAUAGUAGUUAGUGGCAACCAAUGAAGCAAUAAAAUGCUUAAAUGAU